AACACCGUCAGCAACACCGUGGCUGCUAUAGACAAUUCUCAACAAUAAGCGAGUCAAUUCUCAUGAUAAGCAUGUUCUUAUGACAGCAGUGAUCCCUUUUUCAGCAGUGAUUUUACCAACAAACAACAGCCACUCCUCUAUAGACACGCCUUUUGACCUAUCAACACCAUAUAUCCAGCAACAAUGGGAUCAGAAAGCGACUCACAAUCGCUGCUACGAUGGUACAUUGACACCCGACCAUUGACAGCGAGUACGACCACCCUACCGUUACUCGACACGCUGCAACCCAGCGACCAAGAAACAGUCAAGAAAUACUACCACCUAAAGGACAAACACAUGUCCCUCGCCUCCUACCUCCUCAAAUACCUCUUCAUCCACCGCACCUGUCGCAUCCCAUGGGACAAAAUCACCAUCAGCAGGACACCACCUCCACACCACCGACCAUGCUUCAUUCCCUCCCUCGCUCUAACGACCGACAACCCUAAGGGGCUCCCAACCAUCGAAUUUAACGUCAGCCACCAAGCAUCCCUCAUUGCUCUCGCAGGCACAACCACCCCAGCCUCUUCCCCAAACCCCACAGCAUCCAGCUCCCCAAACCCCUCCACAACCCCCACCCCAUCCACCCCCCAACUCGGAAUCGACAUAACCUGCGUCAACGAACGCCGCAGCACCGACACCACCCAACAAACGCGCCCCGCCCUCGAAGAAUUCGUCGACAUCUUCUCCGAAGUCUUCUCCCAGCGCGAGCUCCAAACCAUCAAAAACGCAGCGGCGCCAACCCCAGGCCGCUCCGAGUCCGACGCAGUCGCCUACGCCUUCCGCCUCUUCUACACCUACUGGGCCCUAAAAGAAGCAUACAUCAAAAUGACAGGCGAGGCGCUACUAGCACCCUGGCUGCGCGAGCUGGAGUUCCUGGACGUUGUUGCGCCGGAUCCUCCUGCGGCUGGUGGAGGCGGAGCGAGCUCAUUGGAGUGCGGGGUCCCUUAUACGGGGGUGCGGACGUUGCUUUAUGGGCAGAGGGUGGCUGAUGUGAGGAUUGAGGUUGUUGCGCUGGGAGAGGAUUAUCUCAUUGCGACUGCUGCUAGGGGUGGGCGUGUUGGUUCUUCUUCGGGUGGGGUGAAACCGGAUGUGUGGUUGGGUUUGAAGCCGGUUGAUAUUGAGGGGGAUGUAGGGCCUUGUGCGAGGGGGUUGUGUCGAUGUUUGGAGUAG